AUGGCGAAGAUGAUAAGAAAAUGGAGGUACCAAGAAUUAGGAAAAAUAAAAGACUAUGAAACAAAUGUAAUACAGUUUUAUAAGCAAAAGACACGAUUAGCAUCCCGAAGGGCACUGCUUCUCCAAUGCACUAAAAGCUUAAACAGAGCAACAGACAGCAUUGGUAGAUCUCAUCGUAUAGCAGCUGAAACUGAUGCCAUUGGCACCGAUAUUAUAGAGGAGCUAGGUGAGCAGAGGGAAAAGUUGGAAAGGACCAAAGGACGGUUGGUGGACACAAGUGAGAAUCUUAGUAAAAGCCGAAAAAUCCUGAGAUCCAUGUCACGGAAAAUUGUGACAAACAAGCUUCUGCUGUCGAUCAUAAUUAUUCUUGAAUUUGCAAUCCUUGGUGGCUUAAUCUACUACAAAUUCUUCAGCAAACGCUGAGCUUUUGGAUCUUCUACAACAACUCAUCUAUUUUUUAAUAAAGAAUGUCAUCUGGUACACUAAGAUCUGUAACGGCACUGUUCUGAAUUGAAGAGGAGCUACAUUUGAGCCAUUAACUUCAAAAGCUGCUGAGCCAUAUUAUUGGUCACUUUACUAUUUUUUUUUAAUUUUCCAUAUGACUUGUUAUGUCCUGGUGAAAUGGAUAUUUUUUUUCUGGAUCAUGACCACAACGAUUGUCUGUGAAUGGCAAAGAAAUUUCUGAUGAGGAGUCUUCUCAUUGUAUUUAUACUGAUAUUUGAUGUGAUCCAAUUUGGCUUGGAUUCAUUUAUACUGUAUAUAAAACAGAAUUAUUAUAAUCAA